UCCCUCUGAAGGGAAUCAGGAAACAACAGGAAAACUGUUCUCUGAAGUGGAAGAAACUCCGAUAAACGUGGUUAUUUCGGGCACUGGUUCAGUUUGUCCGGAUUUUCUGGACUGUUUUGGCUCGUUUCUGUAGAUAUUAAUGGACAACAUGGUCUCCGUGGUCCUAAACACGGAUGUAAAGCAGAAGGAUGCUGACAGUGCAGUGGUUGUCGCGGUGACCUCCCGUGCCCUCUUUGAACAAGGACCUGAGGAUGAUGAGACAGGAGUCUGGAAACUCAGCCGGGCUUUUCCACUGCUGCAGGCAGUGCAAAAAGUGAAUGACUGUCUGCUGGAGAAAAACCCAGCUGAAUCUUUGCUCCUGGACGUCAUUCUAAUCACCACGGACAGCCAGCAUCAGCAGCUCAGUUCUGUCCUCAUCAGCAGCACCAGGCAUCACGGUCUUGGAGUUGGAAAGUUUUUUUUUUCCAGCGAGGAAACUUUUAUUGACUGUCUCCUGGAGAAUAAUGUUCAGCUGUUUCUUUCAACAAGCAAGGAUGAAGUGCUAAUGGCGUCCCAGAAAGGUGUUCCUUCAGCCUUGCUGGAAGCUAGAAAGAACGAUUCAUCGGUUCAGUGUCAAAGAGAAGACCUCAGAGUGUGGCUCCAUGAGGAUUUGAUCUCACCGUGUGAUUCUGCCUCCCAACCUUCAAGCAGACACUCUCCUCAGAGAUUUUUGGCUCAGCUGGGUGAGAUUCGACAGAGGUUCGGAGUGUCUGACAGCCCGCUCUGGAUUUCCCUGGUGAUCCUGCACGGGGGCAGAGAAAACUGUGGCAACCGGCUGAAGGCCCUGCGGUCCCUUGGUGUCAGCGUGGAUGACGUCUACUGUCUGGCUGGUGCCCCCUCUGACCCCCUCCUGUCUCUGCUGCAACCGCACUUCAGGUUUAACUGCAGCUUCGUGAACUAGAAGGACCAUGAUUAAGACUUCACGUCUGUGGAGCAAACGCAGAUCAUGAACUUUAUUUUUGGAUUCAGUUUUAUUUAGGGGUGUAAUGGAUCACAAAUGAUCCGUGGUCCAGCGAGCCGCUUUUCUCCUUCAAAAUCUACUGGAAUUACGUUGAUCUUGUUAACAGUUGAAAAGUUACAGUAUUAUAUAAUAAAAUACUUGUAUUAUAUUCUGAAUGUUUUGCAAUAGGGAGAUUAGGAAAGCCUCACUUUGACACAGAAGGAUCCAGGAUGCAUUUCUUCAGAAAAGAACGUCAGCUGUCAUCAAUUUCAGAACAUAAUUUUUUAGAAAACACAAAAACACGCUCGGGUUUUCCCAUUGAAGAGGCUUGAUUUCAUCUUGAAAGCAACAUAGCUGGAGGGAAAGUUUGUCCUUUCCCUGAAGUGGUUAAGGUGCCCAUUGAAACAAGUGAAUUAGCUCACAAACACCCUGGUGUGGAUGCUGUGCCCCCUCCUCCUGAAUUGUUUUCCUCUUCCCUAAAUGUCACCAGCAGCCCGAGUCCAUCCUCAGCCUCUGGUGUCUCCUGUCUUUAGCGUGUUCCUCAGAGAGCUGCAGUGAUGACACCUCCCUCAUGCUGAGACAUUAUCUGUAUUAGUUCACUCUUUUUUCUUUGUGCACAGCCAGUACUAAGCAGAUCCACGUUUAUAAGGCUGUGAGAGUUAUCUCUGAGUGUGAAGCUGUUCAAAAUCAAUGUUUUUAAAUAAAAAUCUGUUAUUAAAUCUACA